UGACAAAAUGGAACACACCAGCAGUGUUGUGAGGAGACCUGAAAGUGGCACAUGGCAGAGUGUGGCGAUGGAGACAGCAGCAAUGGGAGGCCGUACAGGACCCAUGAGAGACUCUGGACCUGGCAGCAGCAUGAGGAAGGCGGUACGGGGGCCCAUGGCAGAUUACGGGCCUGGCAGCAGCAAUGGGAGGCCCGUAAUCUGCCAGCACCCUAUGACAAAAUGGAACCCACCAGCAGUGUGAGGAGACCUGAAAGUGGCACAUGGCAGAGUGUGUGCCGAUGGAGACGAGCAGCAAUGGGAGGCCGUACAGGGACCCAUGAGACACUCUGGACCUCGGCAGCAGCAUGA